AUGGCCGACACUCGCAAAGCAAUUGGUAUUGAUUUAGGUACAACUUAUUCUUGCGUUGGUAUCUUCCAACAUGGUAAAGUUGAAAUUAUUGCUAAUGACCAAGGAAAUCGCACAACACCAUCCUAUGUCGCUUUCACUGAUAGCGAGCGUUUGAUUGGUGACGCAGCCAAAAAGCAAGUAGCAAUGAACCCAAAUAAUACUGUUUUCGAUGCAAAACGUCUCAUUGGUCGUAAAUAUGAUGAUACAACAGUACAAUCGGAUAUGAAACAUUGGCCGUUCAAAGUUGUUAACGAAGGUGGAAAACCAAAAAUCCAAGUCGAAUAUAAAAAUGAAACUAAACUGUUUACCCCCGAAGAAAUCUCUUCAAUGGUUUUAACAAAAAUGAAAGAAAUUGCUGAAGCCUACCUUGGUAAGAAGGUCUCUGAAGCUGUUGUCACUGUCCCAGCUUACUUCAACGAUUCUCAACGUCAAGCAACAAAAGAUGCUGGUGUCAUUGCCGGCCUUAACGUUCUACGUAUUAUCAACGAACCAACAGCUGCUGCCAUUGCUUAUGGUUUAGAUAAGAAAGUCUCCGCUGAACGAAAUGUUUUAAUUUUCGAUUUGGGCGGUGGCACUUUUGAUGUCUCCAUCUUAACGAUUGAAGAAGGUAUCUUCGAAGUAAAAUCAACAGCCGGUGACACACAUUUAGGUGGUGAAGAUUUCGAUAAUCGAAUGGUUUCACACUUUGUUCAAGAAUUCAAACGUAAACAUGGCAAAGACUUACAAGACAACAAACGUGGUCUCCGCCGAUUACGUACAGCUUGUGAACGGGCUAAACGUACCCUAUCAUCAUCGUCACAAGCCUCGAUUGAAAUCGAUUCCUUACACGAAGGUGUUGAUUUCUAUUCAACAAUUACACGUGCUCGUUUCGAAGAACUCUGUGCUGAUCUUUUCCGUUCAACACUUGAACCUGUCGAAAAAGCUUUGCGCGAUGCUAAAAUGGAUAAAGCACAAAUCCAUGAAAUCGUUCUUGUCGGAGGCUCAACACGUAUUCCUAAAGUACAAAAACUCUUACAAGACUUAUUCAAUGGCAAAGAACUGAACAAAUCUAUCAAUCCAGAUGAAGCCGUUGCCUAUGGUGCUGCUGUUCAAGCUGCUAUUUUAACAGGCGACAAAUCUGAAGACGUUAAAGAUUUGCUUUUACUCGAUGUUGCCCCACUCUCAUUGGGUAUCGAAACUGCUGGUGGUGUGAUGACAGCAUUGAUUAAACGUAACACAACAAUUCCAACAAAACAAACUCAAACAUUUACAACUUACUCAGAUAAUCAACCAGGUGUAUUGAUUCAAGUUUACGAAGGUGAACGUGCAAUGACCAAAGACAAUCACUUAUUAGGUAAAUUCGAAUUAUCCGGAAUUCCACCUGCACCACGGGGUGUUCCACAAAUCGAAGUUACAUUCGAUAUUGAUGCCAACGGUAUCUUGAAUGUUUCUGCUAUGGAUAAGAGCUCUGGCAAAGAAAAUAAAAUCACAAUUACAAAUGAUAAAGGACGUUUAUCGAAAGACGAAAUCGAACGUAUGGUUUCUGAUGCUGAAAAAUACAAGAAAGAAGACGAAUCGCAACGUGAUCGUAUUUCAGCUAAGAAUUCGUUGGAAUCUUAUUGCUUCAACAUGAAAACAACAAUCAAUGACGAAAAAUUAGCCGAUAAAAUCGAUGCUGAUGAUAAGAAGAAGAUCACUGAUGCUAUUGAAGAAGCAUUGAAAUGGAUGGAAACCAAUCAACUUGCGGAAAAAGACGAAUUCGAACACAAAUUAAAAGAAGUUGAAAAAAUCUGCUCGCCAGUCAUGACUAAACUCUAUGGUGGUGCUGGUGGCGCAGGUGGUAUGCCUAGUGGCUUUCCAGGAGCUGCCGGUGGACCACAACCAGGUGCUGGUGGCAGCGCUGGUCCAACCAUCGAAGAAGUCGAUUAA